UUGCCAUGGAGCUGCAAGAAUGGGGAACAAACAGACCAUCUUUACAUCCCAGCAACUGGACGCAUAUCAGGACUGCACUUAUUUCACCAGAAAAGAAAUUCUGAGACUGUUUCAUCGAUACCGAGAUCUGGCUCCGCAGCUCGUGCCGCUGGACUACACGAACCAACCGGAAGUGCGUUUGCCCUACGAGCUGAUCGGCAGCAUGCCGGAGCUGAAGAGCAGUGUUUCUCAACCAGGGGUCCAUGGACCCCUCGUGGUCCUUGACAUAAGGCCAGGGGUUCACUCACAAACUGAAUCGUUUGCAGCGGUUUCUCACAGAAAUAGUAACAGGAAAGGAAAAAGAGACUUCAACAACGAUGACUUCAUCUGUAAAUCAGAUCUGGAGAAAACCUUAAAUAAGCUGACUCGUAACGAGCUGACCGAGGAUGAGGUGAGGAUGGUGUGUGAGAAGGUGAUUGAUGAAGCUGAUCUGGACAAUGACGGCCGUCUGUCUCUAGAGGAUUUCCAGCACAUGAUCGUGAGAGCGCCUGACUUCCUCAGCACCUUCCACAUCAGGAUAUGAAGAUCAUCUGGACACUGAACAACAGGACAAUUACUUUCUAAAGAAGAUCUUCUGCUGCAGAUUCAGAAGUCAGGGACAGAUGUUGGCUUAUGUUACAAUUUUAAACACAGAAAUAAAGAAGGCACCUGUUUAAUAAAAUAUAAGGAUACUUCUCUUAAACAUAAGCAAAUACUGUGCACCCAAAAAGCAAAGUUUAUUUUUUUUAGUCAACCAUAUAGAGCUACAGCAAAUCGACACCUGAAAAUAACUCAUCCGUCAAUA